AUGCCGUCGCUCCCAUCGAAGCCUCUGGUUAGACCCAGAGAUGAUGGCGGCUUACAAUUAAGCUAUCAACUCCCCCAUCGUGUUCAUACGGCAGCCGGCUACCCCCUUGUUGCCCCCAAUGGCUCAUCGAUUAUCGUUUACGGCUACGAGACGGGUCUAAAGGUGGUUUGGCGCGGAGGGAAACCUUUCGCCACGGAGAAGGCUCCUGUUGCCCAGGCAGAUAAGCCCCAGAAGCCCGCUCCACCGCCGAGUGACGACGCUGUUAUGAUCAUUGAUUCCGACGACGAGAGCGUCGCAGAGGUUCAAUCGUCCAUCUCCAAAGAAGAACCCAAAGCUCAGUUCGAGGAAGAGGAGCCCGAAGUGGAUCCCGCUCAUCCUUAUGAAAGCAUCCUGCGCCAGAUCGACAUCCCUCUGGGGAGCAGGGUUCUUCAUCUGGCAGUACCUCACAUUCUACCCGAAGCAGCUCGCUCAUCACUUGACCCAUUCCCUCCAACCUUAAAAGAGCUCGUUGUCAUUGCUGCCGUCUGCGCAGACUACUCGACGCGCGUGGUGACCAUACCUCUGGCUCCCCCUCACCCCAACCAGCCCAAGAUUGGGGUCCAAACCAUUUCCAUCAGCGGCGGGGUGUCCCAUCAAGAACUUCCCCGCGGUCUCAGCGUUACGUUCACGUACCAGGAGACCGAGAACAAGGAGCGGACUUCAUCCCGCGGCCAGCAGCAUGCUCCCGGACGGUGGGACCUUCUCGUCGCCACCCAUUCCGCAGAGUCGGCGGGGCUGCUUUUAAUUCACCGGAUCCCGAUUGCAGAGGGGCAUCAGCUCUGCGACGAUGCGAUCGAGACUAAACGACGAUACCUCCCGGCUCCGGCCACGAACAUCUCAUUCAACCCAUCCGGCUACCCCACGCCGCGCCACUCUACAUUGCUUGUCGCUUUCCAUAGCGGCUGUGUCAAAGUUUACUCAUGUUUUGCUGCGAAGCGAUCCAAGGCCUCGCGCAGGUCCUCCAGCGUGCAAAGCGAUUUUGAGACCUCCCAGACGGAAGGACGGUGGCACAUGAGUCUUUACCCUGGAUUCGAACAGAGCGUUUCGGGACUCACGCGGCGCAAGACUGUAAUCAGCGCGGAAUGGGUACUCGGAGGACGAGCGAUCAUGGUCCUGAUGUCGGACGGAGAAUGGGGGGUUUGGGACAUUGAAGGUACUGGCCCCGGAAACAUCAAGGGUCCGCUUGAGCGUCAAGCCAGUGUGCAGGGCGUCACUGGCGGCUCUCUGACGACCUUUUCUGUCAGCGGACGGCUUCUGAGCCCACUCCCGAGCGGUCAUCACUCCGAGGCUAGCGGUCCUUCUUUCGAACAUCGACCCAGGUUCGCACCCCUCACACCGUCGACCAAACGUAUACGGGAGGAUACGUUGUUGAAAGGCGGCUCGGCCGGCACCGCCAACUCGUCGCUGUGCGGAGGCAUCUCCGUGUAUCAAACGAAUACAUGGAGAGACCCCAUGCCAGAUGAGGCUAUCCUACUACGACACGGUAACCAGACCGCCGUUAUCUCUAGUUUGUUGUCUUUGUGGCGCAAUGCCAUCAAGGCUACUGGCACGUUUGAUCCCUCCAACCGCUGCCGGGUGUCCACCCUCCAGGACGUCACCUUCAUGGGUGAGCGCCUGAAAGGAAUCGGUCACCUCCCUGUAGCCGCCAGCCGCACACGCGGCUCCGAACAGCCGCCAUUCGACUUGAUUCUCACUGCCGAACAUCAAAUUCUGAUCCUUGCGCCGAAAGUGGCGGAGCCCGAGAACAUCCCCGUCGGCACCAUGACCGUCGCUGGGGUCAGUUUCUCUGAGACCGAUCAGCAGCGUCUGCACAAGGGUGAACUGGACGUGGACGGGAUGGACCGACUCUUGAGCGGUAUGGCGAGCGCUAAACGGUCGAUCGGCAUGGGAAGCCCAAUCAAGCGCCUCCGCAACUUUACCUGA